AUGGCGGAGGGCCGGAAGUUCAAGUUCCCGGCGACGAUGACCGACGACGAGAUCGAGAGGCUGCACGUCCUCGUCUCGGAGGUGGACCAACCAGUGCAGCCGCCGCUGCCCCGGUACGCCACCGACAUCAUGCCGCUGGGCCUCACAAAGGAAGAGACCCUACGACGGGAGCUCCAGAACUCGGCCCCGCAACCGCCUCCUCCGACUCCACCUCCACCUCCAGCGUACAUUUCGUGGGCGGCUCCACAUCCACCACCGGCGUGGGCUGCUCCACCUCCACCACCGGCGUGGGCUGCUCCACCUUCAUCACUAUCGGCGGCACCGGCGUAUGUUCCACCGGUUGCCAACUGUUUGUGGCUGGUACCGGAUUUCGUCGUGCUCGAUGACGACGACUAUUAG